AUGGAAGACUCCGAACAUAUUAGCGUACUUAUGGAAGGCAGUGAAAUACCACCGGCGGCGACCAUUGGUGAGGCUGACAAGCCUAGCAACGACACAGCAACUCGAAUUGGAUCGACAUUCACAGCUGGUAGUGCACCGUAUUGUCACGCAUCAACGCCCACUACUCACCCUUCCACAUUUACAGUACCGGGCGUGAACAACGCAUCCAUGAUAACAUCAGUUCAUGGAACUCAACCGCACUACAUGGUAUAUAGCACCAGUGCACCGCUGUUUCAAACCGCGGCGGUCAAUGCAUUUACAAGCACGUGUGGGCCCGGCAUUGCUAAUGGUGCCAUACCUAACCUCACUUCGGCUGUCAUGCCUUGUAGCGCGCUAACCUAUCCAACGUUCGGCAAUACAUUUCGGCCAUUUUGUUCACAGACGAAUAUGCAUAGCCGCGUGGCACCACCACCGAAUACUUCUGUUUUCAUGCAGCCGAACAUUAUGUCAUCGUGUAACCAAACGCGUGACCCCUCUUAUAAUGUUUUCAGCCAAUAUAGCACAUCCGACGUCAAUUUAACACCAACGCAGAUUUCCAGCAGACAAGUGAUAACCAAGGAUUUACCGACCUUUUCCGGCAGGCCUGAGGACUGGCCCCUAUUCAUCACGAAUUACGAGCAGUCUACCGAGCGAUGUGGCUUCACUGAUCAAGAAAAUCUGAUCAGACUACAAAAGUGUUUAAAGGGACCAGCUCUCGAAGCGGUGCGUGGUAGGUUAAUGAUGCCAGCAACAGUAGGUCUGGCAAUCAACACAUUGAGAAUGCUUUAUGGUAGGCCUGACAUUAUUCAUCAAACAAUGCAGAUGAAAUUGAGACAAGAGCCAGCAGUUAGGGCCGAUAAAUGGGAAACGCUCAUAGCAUUUUCACUUGCAGUGCAAAACUAUCGCGCUACAAUCCAGGCGGUAGGCCUGGCCGAUUAUUUAAACGAUCCUGUGUUGCUUAAUGACUUGAUAGCCAAAUUGCCAAGCGAUCUAAGGCUCAAUUGGGGCGGCUAUCGUAUGUCGCUCAGUCGCGUCGACAUUGCUGUGUUUGACGAUUGGCUUUUUGGACUUGCUGCAUGCGCGAGUCAAGUAACAAGAUGUGAGCCAUCCACAACCACAGCUGCCUUUGAAAAUAUUGAAGUGAAGAAAGGCCGCAAUUCCCACAAGGCAAGAAUUUUAGUUCAUGAAGUUAUCGGAAAAAAUGCAGAGGUAAACGCGAAGGUGACUAUAUGCCCAAAGUGUGGUGCCAAUCAUAAGCUGUCAGACUGUGCAGAAUUUACUGCGCUCUCGCGAAGUGAUCGAUGGCUGUUUGUACGAGAGAAAAAACUUUGCUUACGCUGUUUCAAUUCUCACUAUGUUCGCCGAUGCAAUCUGAAGAAUAGGUGUGGGGUUGACGGCUGCCAGAUGGCACACAACGCUCUUCUGCAUACACCUGUUCCCGUUAAGAGCAACGUCGGUCAUGAGCAAACAGCGCUAUACCACGAACGUCAUUCAGGCUCACCAAAGGUGAAGCAGAACUCGCUAUUCAGGUACGUCGCCGUUACUGUUCGUAGCGCAUCCAAAUCUGUUGACACAUAUGCACUCAUCGACGAAGGCGCGUCUUGUACUUUAAUUGAGAACGAGCUUGCAGAUUACCUUGAAUUGGACGGGCCGUCCGAGGCGUUGUGUCUGCGAUGGACCAACGAAAUUACUCAAAGCGAAAAUAACUCCAAGUUUGUAAGUUUUGAGAUCGCAUCGACACAGUUGGGCUCUCCAAACUACUUGUUAAGAGGCGUACGCACUAUUGCUCGUUUAGGCCUGCCUGUUCAAACAUUGGACCGCGAUACCAUGGAGAAGCAUGCCCAUCUCAGAGGUCUACCUAUACUGCCAUAUAACGGUGCAAGGGCUCGAAUUCUUAUCGGAGUCGACAACGCGAAAGUCUGUGUGCCAAUUGAAGUUAAGGAGAGUAGCACCUCCAACCUGAUUGCUGCUAGAUGCCGGCUGGGAUGGACCGUUUACGGUCGAGACACAUCUGAACACGCAGUGAUGCCCCGCGUGCUCCACAUCUGCAGCUGCGAUCCUACGAGCAAGGACCGAAUGGACGAACAGAUGAAGGCGUAUUUUGCUAUCGACGCUAUCGGUGUCUAUGCGCCAGCUAAACCGCUUCGGUCAAAGGAUGAUGAACGUGCUUUACAAUUGAUGGAAAAAUUCACCAAGUUUUUGCCAACAGAGAAGAGAUGGGAAACAAGAUUGCUAUGGAAACAAGACGUCGUCGAUUUACCCGAUUCACUUCCUAUGGCGCGCCGUCGACUAAUGUGCUUGGAAGCCAAGAUGAAGCGGGAUCCUGAACUCCACCGUUUUAUCGUCGACAAAAUUGACAAUUACAAGAAAAAGGGUUACAUACGCAAAUUGGAGUCACUUGAAACAUCGAUAGGGGGCAGAUCGUGGUACCUUCCCAUAUUCACGGUGCUCAACGUUAACAAAAACAAAACUAGAUUGGUAUGGGACGCUGCAGCCAAAGCUGGAAAUACUGCACUUAACAACAUGCUGUUAAAAGGACCUGAUCAGCUAAACUCGAUGAUGGGUAUUCUUCUUCGAUUCCGCGAAAGGCCCUUUGCAAUAUGCGGAGAUUUACGCGAGAUGUUUCACCAAAUUAAGGUAACCAAAGAGGACCAAGUGGCGCAGAAGUUUUUAUGGCGCGACGGUGAGUCUAAUCGGCAGCCAGAUGUAUAUGUCAUGUGUGUGUUGACUUUCGGCGCUUCGUGUUGUCCUUCGCUAGCGAACUACGUAAAAAACCAAAAUGCACAACGUUUUUCCGAAAAUUAUCCCGAAGCUGUACAAGCCAUUAUAAAUAACACUUUCGUCGAUGAUUGGCUUCAGAGUGCAGACAAUGAGGAAGAGUUAUCGCGUUUGGCUACUGUUGUUCGCUGGAUCCAUAACGAAGGAGGUUUCGAGAUGCGAAACUGGGUAUCCAAUUCCAAGAAAACUUUGACUGCACUCUCUGCUAACAGCACGCUACUAUCCAGAUGUUUUGAGGAGCCUGAAGCUAUUAUCGAAAAGGUGCUUGGAAUGUGGUGGUUACCAGCGUCGGAUGAGCUUACCUUUGUGGAAAAGUUUCCUAAAGAAGUUUUUGAUGAGCACACAUUUCCAUCGAAGCGACAAGUUUUGCGUACAAUCAUGAAAAUAUUCGAUCCCCUUGGACUGCUCGGGUAUGUCAUCAUACAAGCAAAAAUCAUCCUACAGGACAUUUGGCGUUCAGGCGUUAAUUGGGACGAGCCUAUCAGAGAGGAUGAUCGCAGUAACUGGUGGAACUGGUUGAAAAGAAUUUCUUCGAUAAACAACGUCAAAAUUCCUCGGUGCUACUUACUUUCCAGCUGUAGCCAGAGUAACCAGUUGCACAUUUUCGUGGAUGCAAGUAUCAACGCUUAUGCUGCUGUGGCGUAUUUGCGUGCUAAAGUUGGUAACGCGGUGAACUGUUCAUUGCUGGCUUCGAAGACAAGGGUCACACCAUUGAAGCCCAUUUCAAUACCGAGGUUGGAGUUAAUGGCAGCAGUUCUGGGUCUGCGGUUGGCAAUUUUUAUAGGCAAGCAACUUUCUGUUCAGGUAAGCCGUAGAAUUUUUUGGACAGAUUCGAAAAACGUGAUAUGCUGGGUGCGUUCAGAUGCAAGAAAGUUCCAUCAAUUUGUUGCGUUGCGUGUCGGCGAAAUUCUUGAGGGUUCCAGCGCUAAAGAGUGGAGGUGGUUGCCAUCUUCUGAAAACAUCGCUGAUGAGGGCACAAAAUGGUCCGACGUUCGCAAUUUUGACGACAAUGCACGCUGGUUUCGAGGGCCAAAGUUCUUAGCCCAGCCCGAAUCUAGUUGGCCUGAAGGGGAGCUAGAAGGCGCUACAUCAGAGCUGCAUCACAUAAGUACAAGUACACCAUUGUCGCCUACCCUGUCAGUAAUCUCUCCAGACGUACGAAGGUUUAGCACAUGGGAGAGACUGCUUUCCACACAACAAAUUGUUUUGCGUUUCCUGCGCCGGAUCUUGAAGUUUACGCCACGUUCGCUACUAAAACUUUUCGACUUGCGCGAUAUUGAUGCAGCAGAGCAAAUUCUUAUUUCCGUAAGCCAGGAAAAUGCGUUUAGCGAAGAAGUCAAAAGCCUGCAAAACGGUCAAAAUAUUCAACGGCAGUCUGCUAUAUAUAAAUGGUCGCCGUAUCUGGACGAGGUUGGGAUUCUUCGCGUGAAAGGUCGAAUCGACUUCUUAGAAGGAGUAGCAGUCGAUGUGAAGCGACCUGUAAUACUGCCGAAAAAUCAUACAGUAACGCGUUUGAUAAUUGAUUUUUACCAUAGAAAAUUUCACCACCAUCAUAAUGAGAUUAUUGUCAAUGAGAUGCGCCAGCGAUACUGCGUCGGUGCUUUGCGAUCGAUGGUAAAAGAGUGCGCCAAAAGAUGCCAAAUGUGUCGCAAUCGUAAAGCUAAGCCGCAACCACCUCAAAUGGGAAGUCUACCUGUAGAACGACUGUCACCAUUUACAAGGCCAUUCACGUUUACAGGAGUGGACUAUUUUGGCCCUAUCGACGUAGCUGUUGGCCGGCGGCGUGAAAAACGUUGGGGCGUGUUAUUUACGUGCCUGACGAGUCGUGCCGUUCACAUCGAGAUCGCGGCGUCGUUGUCGACGGAGACAUUCCUGCUAAUGUUGAAAUUGUUCGUGUGCCGCAGAGGAGUCCCGAAGCGCAUUGUGUCAGACAACGGCACAAAUUUUCGUGGUGCCAGCCGAGCACUUAUCAGCGAGAUAGAAAGGGUGUCAUCCGAUGACCUAGAGAGAAGACAUCCCCAAAUCGAGUGGUCCUUCAUUCCGCCCUCGGCUCCUCACAUGGGUGGGGCAUGGGAGCGAAUGAUACAGUCAACAAAAUCAAUUUUAAUGGAUAUUACGCACGAAGCAAUACUACGUGAAGAAGUUCUAAGGGCCACUUUAGCGGACAUUGAAAAUAUUCUUAAUUCAAGACCUCUGACAUAUGUGCCCUUGGAGACUGCAGACGACGACGCGCUUACGCCCAAUCACUUUUUGUUAGGAAACUCAAGCGGAAUUCGCGAAUCAGGUUGUGAUGACGACAGUGGGCCAGCUCUCCGUCGAUGCUUUCGAAUUUCAAACCAGCUAGCUAACCAAUUCUGGAAGCGUUGGAUCCAAGAAUACCUUCCGUGCCUUACUAGACGUUCUAAGUGGUUCCACCCGCCGAUUCGACCUAUCGAAAUAAACGACGUCGUGGUCAUCGUUGACAACAAUGCGAAAAGGAACUCAUGGCCGAAAGGAAUAGUUAUAGAUCUCCACCGUGGAAAGGACGGAGAGGCUCGUAGCGCUGUGGUGAAACUAGCAAACGGUCUGUGCACCCGACCCGUAAUUAAAUUAGCAAAACUCGAUGUUACUAAUCACAAUUGAAUUGGUAAAUUUCAUACUAGAAUUCGUAGGAAAUUUACGAAGGGGGGUAUGUUGCGAUUAUCGAUUCAUUUAAUAAUCUUUCACAUUCACGCUUGUUACGAAAUUCAUUCAUUUAAAAAUUUUACAUUCACGCUUGUUGCGAAAAGUGCGAUGGCAACCCAUCGCACUCAUCUGUUUGCCAUUUUCUCAUUCCCUCAUACAAAUGUCAAACUCAUUCUUUUUGAUUUCUACAUUGUUCGAGCACAGGCGCCGCAAGCGAACAAAAUAUUUCAGCCUACAACUACAAGGACUUGAAUAUUGUUUAAUUUGCGGGCCGCCAAGUGCCGGGACAACACUAACAGAACACGCAUUUUUAUAAUAAAACUAGCGGACCCUCUGCCUGCUUCGCUAGGCAUUUCAAAAUUCGAAAUGAAUAAUGAACACUCGAUUUAAAUUCACUCUAUGUGUAUUUAUUCUUUUUUUACAAUAUAAAAUUAAUGUCAAUUGUAAACUCAAACUAACACAAAGCCUUUGCGUAAACUACAUUUUUUG